GAAAGCCACGGCCUCGAAAUAAUAACAAAUGAAAUGAAAUAAAAAAGAGAGGCAUCUUAAACCUCUGGGUUUGGGUGAAGACCUUUUUGUGAAACUGAAGACUGAACCUAACUCCAAGGUGCGUCGAUCGCUUUCUUCUUACCUACUCCCGAUUUGUAGGUGUUGGAGAAAUGCCUAAAGUCAAGACCAGCAAGAUCAAAUACCCAAAUGGGUGGGAAUUGAUUGAACCAACCCUACGAGAGCUUGAUGCUAAAAUGAGAGAAGCUGAAAAUGAUCCACAAGAUGGCAAGCGGAAGUGUGAAGCGUUAUGGCCUAUUUUCAAGAUUUCACAUCAAAGGAGCCGAUACAUUUUUGACCUUUUCUAUAAAAGAAGUGAAAUAUCAAGGGAGCUCUAUGAAUUUUGUUUGGAACAAGGCUAUGCAGAUGCCAAUCUCAUUGCUAAAUGGAAAAAGCCGGGAUACGAACGUCUUUGUUGCCUCCGUUGCAUACAGCCCCGUGACCAUAACUUCGGCACAACGUGUGUCUGUCGAGUGCCGAAACACUUGAGAGAAGAGAAAGUUGUGGAGUGUGUGCAUUGUGGUUGCAGGGGAUGUGCCAGUGGGGAUUGAUUUUGUUUCACAUCGCAGAAGCUUGGGUUAUAUAUAAUGCGAUCUUUGCAGCUAAGUUGUAAGUUGUAUUGAAAUCACUCAAAUGUUUAAUCUAUUUGUCCAAGGUAGAUGUGAUCCUCUUAUGUACCGUGGAUUCUUGUUGUGGUUAGUUGGAACUGGUGAUUCUUUUUCUAACUUUUGUACCUUCCUCCAUGUGGUGCAACAGAACAGAAGGCCUUUCUUCGUCUCUUUUUCCUUUUCCCCAACUAACUUAAGCUUUACCCUUUCAUCAAACUA